AUGUGUGGACUUCCGGGUACUUCACUUAAGACAAAUAUUAAAACACAAUUCAAUGAAAAAGUUGUAGAAAAUGGUUUUAAAGUGCAAUAUAGUUGCGACUAUAAUGACGCGCCGUUUAUCAUCGGACACAGUGAACGCCAGUGUUUGAACGGGGAGUGGACUAAUACCAUACCUAAAUGCGCAACUCUUUAUACGGGAGGCUAUGAAUAUAACUAUACAAUUAAUGGCAAUGCAAUCAACGUAUCUCUUGCCACAAAAACUCGUAUUUCAGGACUAGUAGUAAAAGUUUCAUCAUUGGAAGCGAUAGAUGUGGUCAACAUUAAAAACAUACCGGCGCCAGACUGCUAUAUAGCUAAUAUAACAGUUAAGGAUCAGAUUCCCUAUCAUUCAACAAAAAGAUUUUCAACAUUAUUUCAUUGUCCCACAAAAAACACCGAUAUUUGGAUGCAUUCAUCUGUUUCAUGGAUUUUGAUUACAUUUAGCGAAAAGUUCCGAAACUGUGAACUCGUGUCGUGUCCGGCGGUUAUCGAGUUUAUUGAACUCUACGAAGCGGUAAACGAUGAGUGCUUUAGACCAGAUGUUCCCGCGUUUGGUAAAGUAAUCGCUAUUAAACAGGAUUUGAAUAGCAAUACAAUCAUGAAAUACAAAUACCAAUGCAAUGACUACUUUUCAAUCCACGAGAGAGGCCGUACCUCAUCACCAGAGAUUGUGUGUACACCUCAUGAGGAGUGGUCCAUAAAAAGAUUGCCUAAAUGUGUGCCUAACAUGACCUGUAAUGUGGAACAACUAAAUGACUAUAACCUAAAAGUGUCGUACAAUUGGAUGUGGAGUACAACUGAAGCUGUUGUGGGAACUGUAGCCACAUUUGAGUGCAUCGAUAAUUCAACUAAAAUCAAUGGUACGACAAAACGCGAGUGCGAGUCAAAUGGCCAGUGGUCUGAGGAAUUACCGAAGUGUAUCAAUCAAUAUACUUCAGAGACGACAAUUGAAUCAAUAAAAUAUGAAACAACUUCAACAACUGAGUCCACUUUAGCUGAUACUAAGUCAACUGAGACACAAAAUCAAAUUGAAGUGAUAUAUCCAUCGUAUCCACCAGUAGUACGACCGCAGACCACAUUAUAUCCAUAUCCACAGUUCCCGGCGCUAAAUACUGACCAAACAAAUAACUCAUUAAAUACAAUACACUUUGUGUACAUAUUUUUAGGUAUUUUAUUGGGAAUAUUGAUCACAAUUGGUGUCAUUUAUUACAUACAAAAACGCCGAAAACCAAAACGAGUGGUCGGCCAUCCAGUGGACAGACAAUUGGUGGGCAGUACUCAUCACAACAAUGUCCAUCACAGAGCAAAUCAAAAUCAAUUAUACUUUGAUAGCGUAAAUCAAGGCUUCAAUGAUAACCAUUUGUCCGAUUCAUGUAUAGCUGAAAGUGUGGCCGCCGUAGACAAUGGUCAGAGAUAUCCAUACGAUUCGGCCGGUUAUAUACAAAUAGAGGCCGUAGAGACUAUGCGGUUGAACUCAUUCAAGAAGUAUGAAAACUAUGACAAUAAUAGUCGUAAACUUCAACCGUCCAAACCAUUACCACAACCGCCUAAAUGAUACACUUAUAGGACAUCACAUC